ACUUUUGCUGGGUUAACGUUACCAUUCGUAUCAUUAUUCUGUCGCUGAUUCUCUUGCUGGGUUUCUUAAUUUCAUCCUCAGCUUCAUUGCUUAAAAUCACCUAAGCUCUGGUGAAAGAGAAGUAAUGGUGAAAGAGACUGAAUAUUAUGAUAUCUUGGGUGUUAAUUUUGAUGCAUCCCCAGCUGAGAUCAAGAAGGCCUAUUACCUCAAGGCACGGAUAGUCCACCCAGAUAAAAAUCCUGGUGACCCAAAAUCUGCAGAAAAAUUUCAGGUGCUUGGCGAGGCAUAUCAGGUUUUAAGUGAUCCCGAGAAGCGUGAAGCAUAUGACAAGCAUGGAAAGGAUGGAGUACCACAGGAUUUCAUGGUGGAUCCUUCAUCUGUCUUUGGUAUGCUUUUUGGAAGUGACUUUUUUGAAGAUUAUAUUGGGCAACUAGCGCUGGCUACAUUGGCAGCCAUGGAGCUUGAAAUAGAGUCGCAGGACCCAGAAGUUCAUAAGCAGCAAAUGCAAGAAAAGAUGAGGACAUUGCAGAAAAAGAGGGUAGAAAAGCUCAUAACAAUUUUGAAAGGUCGUCUUGAACUAUAUGUUCAAGGCCAAACGGACGAGUUUUUACAAUGGGCAAAUUCAGAAGCUCGCUGCCUCUCAGGAGUUGCUUUCGGUGAAGCUAUGCUACACACGAUUGGCUAUAUUUACACAAGACAAGCUUCAAGGGAGCUUGGAAAGGACAAGCGAUACAUGAAGGUGCCAUUUUUGGCAGAAUGGGUACGAGAUAAAGGCCAUCAAAUAAAAUCGCAAGUAAUGGCAGCAUCAGGUGCUGUUUCUUUGAUUCAAAUACAAGAAGAACUGAAGAAGCUUAACCAAGCAGAAAACAAAGAAGAGACCCUGAUGAAAGCCAUUGAAGAGAAGAAGACUCAAGUGCUUCAAUCCCUUUGGCAGAUGAAUGUGGUUGAUAUUGAAUCAACUCUAUCACGUGUCUGUCAAGCUGUAUUGAAAGACCCUAGUGUGUCCAAGGAUGUUCUGAGAGUAAGGGCAAAAGGGCUGAAAAAACUUGGGACUGUCUUCCAAGGUGCCAAGGCUGCUUAUAGCCGAGAAAACAGCCUCCGCCAUGAAACUGAAGGUGGUCAAAAGAAGAUAGAUAGUGCUUCAAGUUCAUGUCCAUCUUUUCUCCACCGUUUAUUUGGACUUUUUUUCUUCUCUCAGAGGCGAAGAAACCAUUAAGCUUAUAAUCACAACGAAGCAAUUGCAUUUACAGAACUUUUGCUAUGAGGGCUGAGUGAAAGUUGCCAUUAGGAAGACAACCAGCAAAGGUGAUAGCAAUUUACAACUAAGUGUAAACAUGGCAGUGUGAAAAAAAAACCUUACAAAUUUGGUUUCUCUUUAGUUCGCAAGAAUGUAGAUUUCUUUUAGAAGUUCUAGAGUUCUUAUGGUUUCAAGGCUCAAUUUCAUCCAUACUAGAAGAAUCAAACAAAAAUUACAAAAGUGCAGGUUGAAAUCGAAGCACUGUUAGGUUCGUAUAUCCUCUGAAUUGUGGGUGUUAGCUUAAAGUGCCACUAUAAGGGAGCGUGAUGUGGUGUUUUGUGCUCCAAAGUAUCCUGUCGGGGAGGGGAUUGUUGGGAGCUGACAGGCUUAGAGCAUGAGGCCCACUGGUGAGGAUUGAUAAUCCUCUGAUUGUUAAUUAAUCUGUCUCAUCAUCGUUGAGAGCAAGUAGGCCUUAGAGAUGGUGUAAAAGUUUCUGUAAUUAUUCCUCUCGUAAGUAUUUGCCUUUUUGGUGCACGUGCCCUCCUAGAGUAGAGUUAGGCACCUAUUGGGCAACAUAAGAGCCGUCUUUAACCAAUUUAGGUUUGGGGACUGCGUUAUGUAAUGGCUUUGAAGUGUCAAUCUUAAAAGGCUGGUUGAUUAGAUUUCACAAAAUGAUGUGGUUUUGGCUGCUAUCAAAACCUUUCGAUGACAGUUAUUGAGAGCUUUUUCAGCA